UUUUGUAUAUAAUCCCCCAGUCUUAUCUUCUUCUGGGAUGGUCUUGUUCUGAUCACCACCACCAUCCUUACACUCCCUCUUCAACUCUUCUUCUUCUUUCCCCAGUCAUUCCCUCGGCCAGCUUUGAAAGCUCCCAGAUCAGGCAUCACUCCUUUUGAAUGCUCAACCAGUAGCUUCACUCCUUUGCAAGCCCAAAGUUCCUGUCCCUCGACGUGAAAGUCCAUACCACACUCAGCCUCGAAUCUUCUACAGCUAUCCACCUGGCCGCUAAAUCAACUACAUACAAUCCUUUUCGGAAGAAACCUACAUAUCACCUUCAACUUCAGUCAAGAUGUUCUCUACCACUUUGACCACGUUCCUUGCCGCCUCGGCCACCUUGGUCUCGGCCGCUUCCAUCCCGAUCCGGGACGCCGGCAAGUCCGGUUCAUACAGCAUGACGCCCCACGACUCCUACUCUUCUUCCAUUGGUGUCCUCGGCUGCAAGAUCGACACCAACCGCGUUGCCUACUGGCCCAACCCUCUCAGCUGCAACGACGUCUGCGUCAAGGUCUCCAACGGUGACCGCAAUGUCUACCUCCUCCGCAUCGACCAGUCUGGCGGUGCUUUCGACAUCUCCUACGACGCCUGGAACUACCUCAGCACCGGCAAGUCUGCCACUGACGACCCCACCGUUGGUGGUGGUGUUCCCAUGAACUGGGAGGCCGUCGAUGCCAGCAAGUGUAGCCACCUUCUCAAGGACGGCAAGUUCCCUCUUUCUGCUGCCAACAGCAUGAACUACCUGGCCUCCUGCCUCGCCGAGCCCGACAGCUUCGUCGCCAAGAACUACGCUCUCUACAACAUCCAGAACCCUGCUUGCACCUGGGGUGUCGAUGAGGUUUGCACCCUCGACCUAGCCGUCAGCAACCAGGCUGCCUGCCCCAGUGGCCUCGGCUCCGUCAAGGCUUUGACCACCCUCCCUGUUACGAACAUUGGAUACGGCACCGGCAAGACCGCCGUCGCUGUUCAGUGAACGCGUACAACAAGCACAGGUUGCUCAGAGAUACCAAGAUACGAUGCAUACGAAUAUUUAUGAUACAUGUACAUACAUUAUAGAAAGGGAUCAGAGAGAAAAAUGGAAUUGAUUAUCCUCAUG